GCUCAGUGGAUGUGGGGAAGAGCGCGGAUCCCACCCAGGUUAGGCCGGAGGAGCAGCGGGCGCCAUGUGCUCUGGGCUCCUGGCGCUCCUGCUGCCCAUCUGGCUUUCCUGGACCCUGGGUCCCCGAGGCUCUGAGCCUAGCAGCGUGAACGACCCCGGGAACAUGUCCUUUGUGAAGGAGACCGUGGACAAGCUGUUGAAAGGCUACGACAUCCGCUUACGACCCGACUUCGGGGGUCCCCCCGUGUGCGUGGGGAUGAACAUCGACAUCGCCAGCAUCGACAUGGUUUCCGAAGUCAACAUGGAUUACACCCUCACGAUGUAUUUCCAACAAUACUGGAGAGACAAGAGGCUGGCCUAUUCUGGAAUCCCCCUCAACCUCACGCUGGACAAUCGGGUGGCUGACCAGCUGUGGGUGCCUGACACGUAUUUCUUGAAUGACAAGAAGUCCUUUGUCCAUGGUGUGACUGUGAAAAACCGCAUGAUCCGGCUCCACCCAGAUGGGACGGUACUGUAUGGGCUCAGAAUCACCACGACAGCAGCGUGUAUGAUGGACCUCCGGAGGUACCCACUGGACGAGCAGAACUGCACCCUGGAGAUUGAAAGCUAUGGCUACACCACGGAUGACAUUGAAUUUUACUGGCGUGGCGGGGACAAGGCUGUCACGGGUGUGGAAAGGAUCGAGCUCCCCCAGUUCUCCAUCGUGGAGCACCGCCUGGUCUCGAGGAAUGUUGUCUUCGCCACUGGUGCCUAUCCUCGGCUCUCCCUGAGUUUUCGGUUGAAGAGGAACAUUGGCUACUUCAUCCUCCAGACUUACAUGCCUUCCAUACUGAUUACCAUUCUCUCCUGGGUGUCCUUCUGGAUCAACUACGACGCCUCAGCCGCAAGAGUCGCCCUGGGGAUCACCACCGUGUUGACCAUGACAACCAUCAACACCCACCUUCGAGAGACUCUGCCCAAAAUCCCCUACGUCAAAGCCAUCGACAUGUACCUGAUGGGCUGCUUCGUCUUCGUGUUCCUGGCCCUCCUGGAGUACGCCUUUGUCAACUACAUCUUCUUUGGAAGAGGCCCUCAGAGGCAGAAGAAACUGGCAGAGAAGACGGCCAAGGCGAAGAACGACCGUUCUAAGAGCGAAGGCAAUCGGGUGGACGCCCAUGGAAAUAUCCUGUUAACAUCACUGGAGGUUCACAACGAAGUGAACGAGGUCGCUGGUGGAGUGGGUGACACCAGGAAUUCAGCAAUAUCCUUUGACAACUCAGGAAUCCAGUACAGGAAACAGAGCAUGCCCAGGGAAGGGCACGGGAGGUACCUGGGAGACAGGAGCACCCAGCACAAGAAGACACACUUACGGAGAAGGUCUUCGCAGCUCAAAAUCAAAAUCCCUGAUCUCACCGAUGUGAAUGCCAUUGACAGAUGGUCCCGGAUCGUGUUUCCAUUCACGUUUUCUCUCUUCAACUUAGUUUACUGGCUGUACUACGUUAACUGAGUGACUGUACUUGAUUUUUCAAAGACUUCAUUUAACACUGAGUGAAAUAUUACCCCCUGCCUGUCAAGUUUUUAUACCUGUACACACACACACACGUACACACACACACACAUACGCAGACACACACACACACAUAUAUACAUACGCAAUUGUAUAUAUAUGUGAACUUUCUCAGCAUAUAUAUAAAAUACACGUGUAUAUGAGAAUGUAUGUGUAUAUGUUUAUACACGCGGGUCUGGAGACUCGUGUGUAUGUGAAACAAAUACACAUACAUAUAUAACAUUUUGCAGCUAAGGACAAUUUAACAUGGGAUUGCAUAUUAAAGAAAGUCAUAGUUUUUCUCUUUUUCUUUUUUUUUCUAAUUGAAAGGGACAAGUAUCAUCUAAAUAUUUCUACCUUGAGAAUGAGGGCGUGAAACAACCAUCCCAUCCCAGAAGUGUGUCUUUUCUUAAUCCUAAGUUAGACGUUUUAGUUUUGAAAACAAAAUAAUACCAGAACGAAACUUCUCAGUUUGAUGUUCCGAAAUUCAUACAGUGGUCUUUGCUAGUUUCAAAAGAAUCACGCCAACUUCAUACCCUCCUCUUUUUUGCUGACCAAAGGCUGGUUGGCUUUUACUGGU